AUGAUUAAGAAAAUAUUAGUCCUGAUGAGGCUUGAUGGUAAUUACACUUCAAAAAAGAGUGAUGAUAUAUGUGAAGAAGUUUGUGGGCCGCGGGAUUCCCCAGCAGUCCUCAGCACAUCGAGGCUUCGGUGCUUGCUCCAGGGACUGGAUAUAAAGGCCUUUAUCUUUUUCUUCCUAGUUGUACCAACUGUUGUAGUUGGUGUGUAUAUUCACGGACACAAGAUCACAUUCAUUCUUCGUCCCAUAUGGCAAUCUCCACCGAAGCCCUUUGUCCCUAUAACCCACUAUUAUCAUGAAAAUGUCUCGAUGGAGACUCUUUGCAAGCUUCAUGGUUGGGGAAUUCGUGAGUACCCGAGGCGUGUGUAUGAUGCAGUUUUAUUCAGUAAUGAAGUAGAGAUGCUAACAAUAAGAUGGAAAGAAUUGUAUCCUUACAUCACUCGGUUUGUUCUUCUUGAAUCGAAUUCGACAUUUACUGGUUUACCCAAACCUCACUACUUUGCAAUCAACCGGGGCCAGUUUAAAUUCGUUGAGCCUCGAUUGUCUUAUGGAACAGUCGGUGGUGGAUUUAGAAGAGGUGAGAACCCAUUUUUUGAAGAAGCAUAUCAGAGGGUGGCACUCGACCGGCUUAUGAGAAUAGCUGGUAUAGAGGAUGAUGAUUUGCUGAUAAUGUCGGAUGUUGACGAGAUUCCAAGCAGUCAUAUAAUAAAUCUAUUAAGGUGGUGUGACGAUAUUCCUCCAAUUCUUCACCUUCAGCUCAAGAACUACUUGUACUCAUUUGAGUUUAAGUACGAUGAUGGGAGUUGGAGAACUUCAAUCCACAGGUAUCGGAGAGCGAAGACUAGGUAUGCACAUUAUCGUCAGUCAGACUACCUAUUGUCAGAUGCCGGGUGGCAUUGUAGCUUUUGUUUCCGGCGUAUCAGUGACUUCAUAUUCAAAAUGAAAGCUUACAGUCACACCGAUCGUGUGAGGUUCUCUCACUAUCUGAGCCCGAAAAGGAUUCAGGAUCUUAUAUGCAAAGGGGCGAAUUUAUUUGAUAUGUUACCCGAGGAGUACACCUUCAAGGAGAUAAUCGGGAAAAUGGGACCUAUCCCCCAUUCAUAUUCAGCUGUUCAUCUUCCUGCAUAUUUGUUGAACAAUGCAGACAAAUACAAAUACCUUUUGCCUGGGAACUGUAUAAGAGAACGCGACUGA